AUGGUAGAGACGGGCGAUUCGAAUCAAGCCUACAGCCCGGCUGUUGGCUUCUUGUACAUAUUCAAUUUGAUCGUCGGGACCGGGGCGUUGGCACUGCCAAAAGCAUUUCAAUCAGCCGGAUACUUGCUCAGCAUUGUGCUAUUGUUGAUAUCGGCAGUGAUCAGUUAUAUCUCGGCGACUUUCAUCUGUGAAGCUCUUUCUGUAGCCAAUGCCGUCAAAAACAAAGACAAACGGAGACAAGAAGUCGAAUAUGAUGACGUAUCUGUCAGUGAAUCGGGACCAUCAAACUUUGAGAUCACGCAGCGAGUUGAAGUGUCAGCAAUGGCCAACAUGUUCCUCUCUCGAGCCGGGGUUCUCUUCUCUUCGGUUGCUCUCAAUGUGUAUCUUUUUGGAGAUCUUGCCAUCUACUCCACAACUGUGCCGAAAAGCAUGAUGAAUAUGAUUUGUGCUUCAAUCAAUACAUCAACAGUUCAACCAGAGGAUCCCUGCCAAGAACACUGGCCACAUGUUUUCACGAGGUUUAUGGUGUACAGGCUAUGCGUGCUUGCUUUCAUUUGCAUCUGCUUACCGAUGAUCAUUGUUGGAGUGACGAAGACGAAAUAUCUACAACUUGCAACAAGUGUCAGUCGAUGGACAGCUUUUUCUUUGAUGAUCUUCCUUGCUUCGUUGCAACUUGCGACUGAUGGUGCGGCCGCUUCUCCACCUCCAGUCAAUCUACACGGUUUUGGAUCAUUGUUUGGUGUGACGGUUUAUGCAUUUAUGUGCCAUCACUCGCUUCCAUCACUUGUAACACCAAUGAGUUCAAAAUCUCGUCUAUUCCCCGGUAUGACCGGUGUCUACUCAAUCGUUCUUCUUUUCUACUUCACCCUCUCCGUUACCGGAGCUUUCGCUUUCAAACAUGUCGAAGACGUCUACACCCUCAACUUUUUCCACGAUGACAACAACUCGGCGCUCUACUUCUUGAUCGAUCAUUUCUUGGUUCUUUUCCCGAUUUUCACCCUAACCACAAAUUACCCGAUUGUCGGGAUCACUUUGAUCAACAAUAUUAAAGUGUUGAAGGAUAUGAUUAUGCCAGUACCAGAGGGAAAUCUCACCGAAGAAGAAACCCUUUUGGAGACAAGCGAUGACGAGCGAACCAUCCAAAGGCCUCACUCGAGAUCGAUAAGAAAAGUUGAUCCGAGGGAUUUAAUCAUUCCGGCAGUCGUCAUCGCUCUACCGACUUGCAUUUCUUUGUUUACGGAUAAUGUUCUCCUCCUCGCCUCGAUCACUGGCUCUUACCCAGGCGUCGGUGUUCAAUUCAUCAUCCCUUGUCUUCUCGUCCUAGCCGCUCGAAGCUACUCCAAAACCGUCCUCAACUUCCCAGUACCCAAAAAACAUCAAUCUCCCUUCACCCAUCCUGCUUGGAUCUAUGCGAUCUUUGGCUGGGCUUUCUUUUCAAUUCUCAUGGUCACUUUGAAUAUGUUCCACUUAAGCUUU